GGUGGAUUCAGGAUGUAGGAUUACAAAUUGUCGAUCAACCCCGCACCGGGCAGGCCUAGGAUUCAAAUGGGGCUAAUGUGAGCUCGGGGGAGGGGGUUGGGGAACGGAGUUUUCUCUUACUGUUGUUGAAGAAUGUGACGCAAGCAAAAGGUCGAAAAUAUCAGCAGAAGAAAGCAGAAUGAAGGACAUCAAGAUCGAGCCCGCAAAGGGCAUUUCCUACUUUACCCCAGCACAACAAACCCCAGCAGGGACAGCAGCAAACCCGCAGACCAGUGGAAAGGCGAUACCCAAGCUCUUUCGGCCGAUUACCAUUCGAGGAUUAACAUUUCAGAAUCGUCUUGGGGUAUCCCCAAUGUGCCAGUAUUCCGCCGAGGAUGGCCACAUGACAGACUACCACCUCGCCCACCUGGGCGGUAUAGCCCAGCGAGGCCCAGGCCUUAUCAUGAUUGAGGCCACCGCUGUGCAACCGGAAGGUCGCAUCUCACCGCAGGAUGUCGGGCUAUGGAAAGACUCCCAAAUCGCACCGAUAGCCCGAGUCAUCGAGUUCGCGCAUAGCCAAGGCCAAAAAAUCGGUAUCCAGCUUGCGCACGCGGGUCGGAAAGCGAGUACUACUGCACCUUGGAUGAUGAACCAUGGCAAUGUGGCAACAGAGAAUGUCGGUGGAUGGCCCCAUAAUGUCAAAGGACCCAGUGAUGUACCCUUCAGCGAGACGUUUCCGAAACCGCAAGCUAUGAGCAAGGAUGAAAUCCGCGAGUUUAAGGCAGCGUGGGCUGCCGCCGCGAAACGGGCCCUUGUGGCCGGAGCGGAUUUCAUUGAAAUUCAUAAUGCGCAUGGAUAUCUGCUUGCCUCGUUUUUGACCCCUUACGCGAACAAGCGGACGGAUGAGUAUGGUGGUUCCUUAGAGAACCGGAUGCGAUUGCCGCUGGAGAUUGCCCAGUUGACUCGUGAUACGGUGGGUAAGCAUGUGCCUGUUUUCCUGCGUCUUUCGGCGUCGGAUUGGCUGGAUAGUGAUUUGGAAGAAACCUGGGGCUUGCAGGAUGCGGUGAAGUUUGCUGAAGCGUUGGUCGCUCAAAGAGCUAUCGAUCUGAUUGAUGUUUCUUCUGGCGGUCUACAUUCGAGUCAAAAAGUGAAAUCUGGGCCUGGGUUUCAGGCACCGUUUGGCAUUGCGGUUAAGAAGGCGGUCGGGGAAAGGAUGCUUGUUGCGACGGUUGGCCAUAUCAAGGAUGGAAGGCUGGCAAAUCGGUUGCUCGAAGAAGAAGGACUAGAUGUCAUUCUUGUGGGGCGUGGAUUUCAGAAAGAUCCUGGUUUGGUGUGGACCUUUGCGCAGCACCUUGAUGUUGAGAUUGCUAUGCCGGGCCAGAUUCGCUGGGGAUUCUCCAAACGGGGAGGAACGCCAUUUGUCGAUCCGUCGGUCUAUAAGUCCUCACUAUGAUGGGAAAAGGUUGAGGAUUUAUUUGCAACAUACAGAAGAAGCGAGUCGGCAUACACAUUGUUUUGAUUGGCUACACCCGCUUCCCUCAGCAUUGAUGUUCUACAUUGAUGGACUCUUGUAAAUGUGACAUGACCGUGUAGUUGGGAUCCUGUGAUAUCUACGAAUAUAGAAAAUCUUUAUCUACUCAAGAACAUGA